AUGUAUUAUUCAGCCUGUCUACCUGCGCAAUUAUCCCCAGAUACAAUACAAGUGAUGGGUGGAAAACAAGCAAAGAAAACAACAACAUCAACUGAAUUAACACCAAAACAAAUUGCUUUACUCAAAGCAAAUACAAAAUAUAGCGAGAAAGAAAUUCGCGAUUGGCAUGCAGGUUUUAUGAAAGAUUGCCCUAGCGGUCGACUUGACAAAAAGAAAUUUGUCGAUCUUUAUUCGCAAUUCUAUCCUAAUGGUAAAGCAGACAAAUAUUGCAAAUAUGCAUUUGACACCUUCGACGCGAAUCAUGAUGGUAGUAUCGACUUUGAAGAAUUUCUUUUAGCAAUCACCGCAACAAGCCAAGGUGAUCUUAAUGAUCGUCUAGAAGUCGCUUUUGACCUAUAUGAUAUUUCCAAUGAUAAUCAAAUCGAUCAGAAAGAAUUGGCUACUUUAAUUACAGCUAUGUAUGACCUUGUCGGUGAUGCUGAUCGUAAGGGUGAUAAAGAUCCCAAGAAACGUGCAGCAGAUAUCAUUGCAAAACUCGAUGUUACCGGAGACAAGAAAUUAAGCAAGGCCGAGUUCGUCGCCGGAUGUAAAAGUGAUCCAGUUAUUCGUCAAUUGCUCGCUCCCGGUGUUUAA